CCCCCUUCAUGGAUGUCACCAGUCUCAUUUCCGGGCUGGAGGACUUCGAUAAAAUCCGUCCGCCUGCCUACAGAGUCGCACUGAAGCUUGAAAGUCUACAGAACAUCUGUCGCAUGGAUGUCGUGUCGGCUCGCCACAUCGAGGCCGCCUUCGACUUGGGGGGCAGAGCCAAGCGGGGGCGAGAUUCUAUCUUGAGCAAGGAGCAAGUAACCCAGCGCCUGAACGGGAUGUUCCGGAGUGCGUCGCCGGAAUUUGCAGAUCGUUCCACUGCGGAGCCGACGGAAAAAUUAUGCAGUCUUAUAUUCAGGAUGUUUGACAGGUGAAAUCUCAUUGAGAGAUGGAUGACAGGUG